GCUGCUGUCCAAGAUCCUGAGCGAGUGCGAGGGCGCCGACGAGAUCGAGUACCUGGUGGACGGCUCGUGGUGCCCGAUCCGCGCCGAGAAGGAGCGCAGCUGCAGCCCCCAGGGCCCCAUCCUCGUGCUCGGUACCUCGGACACCAACGGGCUCCUGCCCGCCCCCAGCCUCAACGGCAGCGGCGCCCCGGGUGGCGCCGGCGGUGGCGGCGGCUCGGCCGGUGGCACUGAGAACGGGAAGCCGGGAGCAGACGUGGUAGACCUCACGCUGGACAGCUCGUCGUCCUCGGAGGAAGAGGACGAAGAGGAGGAGGAGGAGGAGGAGGAGGAUGAAGAGGGUCCCCGGCCCAAGCGCCGCUGCCCCUUCCAGAAGGGCCUGGUGCCGGCCUGCUGACCGCCGGCCGGACGCUCGACUUUCGUGGUGCUCACACGCGGGGCGCGGCCGGCUCGGUGCAGAGGGAGGAGUGGUUUAUUUUUUUUCUUUUUAUUGUCAUUUAUUUUGUUUUUCCACCCCUUUCCCUGGCUCCUGGCACCUGUACCUCUGGACUCUCCCAUCAGGGGAUUAAAAAAAAGUAAAAUGACAAAAAAAAAGGUACAAAAAAGAAAAA